AUGGACUUUAACAUAUACGAAAUAUAGAACAAAUUUCUGACUGAAGAUUUUUAUGAGAGAAUUCCUGUUCCUUUAUAUUGCUAAUUUCUUUUGCCUGGAUAUUUCAACAGACACUAAAAGUGAAAUAAAGGAUGGCGACGGGUAAGAAAAAGACUGACACAUCACUUGUUUUCACAUGUGCACCAUGUUCCGACGACGGCAAAAACACGGCAGCUUUGUUUGAGUGUACUGACUGUCAGAUCUUCUAUUGCCAAAGCUGUGUCGCGGGUCACAACAAAUUCACCAAAAAUCACAGUGUUGUUGAUAAGGCUUCAAAAUCGUUUGGCCAGGGACCGAGAUCACUUUCAUCCGGUGAACUGCCGACGGAUUUAUGCAAGGAGCAUCGUGGACAAGUGAUACAGAUGUUUUGUGGACAACAUGACACAGUGUGCUGUACAAUAUGUAUUGCUGUGAAACACAGAUCCUGUGAUGGCGUUGAAUAUAUCCCGAAUAUUGCCAAACUUUUAACGGAACAGGACAAAGUCAAAACUAAAACCUCUUUGGAGAACGUUAAAGAUGAUUUGCAGAACCUUAAGUCCACAUUGCAAGAUAAAUUGAAGAACUUGAAUGUCCAACGUGAUGGUAUACUUGAUAAUAUUCAGAAGUUUAACAGACGCCUUGUUGCCAAAAUUGAAGAGCUAGGGAGGGAAUCAAUAAAAGACGUACGGGAAAAGCAUCAAAAAAUUGCAAACGAAUUAAGUGCCAGCAGCAAGAAAAUUGAUGACAUGCUUACAAAUGUUGAGCUGCAACUUGACAAACUCAAACAAGUAAGGAGAAACAAUAAAGCGCAGUUAUUUGUAGACAUGAAGGGUUGCAAAGAGAAGAUUUCAGAAGGAAAUGAUUGCGCCAAACAAACCCGAUCUAAACGGACCUUUGAAAGAUUUGUGUUUGAUGAAAACAAAAGCAUAGAGACGUGUCUGCAUGGGGUGCAGUCUCUUGGUAAACUAACAGACGUAUGGAAUUUUCCUUCCUCGGAAAUCGGUCCCAUGCGUUCUGCAUUUCAAAGAGUGUUUCCUUCCUCUAUUGGUUUCGACAGCAUAAUUAGCCACCCAAGCGUUCAAUAUACUGAGUUUAAACAUGACUUCCAAACAGAUUUUCCUUCCUCGGAAAUCGAUUCCAUCCAUUUGGUAUCUCAAAGAGAUCCGUUGGAUUUCGACCCCUUCAAAUUUAACCCAAGUGGAAAAUGGGAUCCGCUAAUAGGUUGUUCUGAUUCAGAAGAAAUGAAAUGAAAAAUGAAAAACAAAACAUAAUAUCGGGAGUAUUUAAAUGACUUUUUAAAGUUAUCAACGCACGUUAGAAUUCCAUGAUGUAUGAUAGACAUAUAGGUAUGAUUUCUUUCACUCCAAAUAUAUACAAUACUAUUAACGAUAAUUGUAUAUAAACUUACACUUACUCGUUACAGAUUCGCCCUUGAGGUUAUUGCAAUUGAAAAUUUAGGUAAUUUUAGGUAAUAUUUAAUUUGAUUUAUCUGGCGGAUUAACUCGCGUACUCGACGAUAAUAACCGAAACUCAUUAACUACACAUCAUUUCGUGUAACAACUUCUUAGAUAACCAAAUUUGCUAAGUAAAAAUGGAUAGAUUUUGUUUUUACUUUGACCUUGUAGGACCUUAAAGAUAGUACAGCAUGUGAAAAUUGCUACUAAAAGAACAUUUUACCUUUCUUUCUUAAAGUUAUUAAUUUUUACAAAAUACGAAAAAGAUAGUUUGAAUUUAUAGGUCAGAAUCUAGACUGAACAGUUUGUCCCAUGUUUUCAUGACAUCACAUGAAGUCAUAAUAUGAAAACCACAGUAAAGAUUAAUCUGACAAAGCAACGUUUUACUGUUUUCUUUUUUAAUUGGAUAAAAUAGAAUAAUUAACAUGAACAGUGGAUCCAUUUCUAGGGAAAUCCCUAAGCAUCACUUUGAAAGUUGUUCAAACUGUUCCACUAGUUUGCUACUUAUAUGAAAAAUUAUGGAAACUGUCAACAUAUUCUUGUUAGAAACUACUGGUCUGAUAUAAAACGAUCAAAUAAAUAUGUCUUGGAUGAUCAGCUAUAAUUAUUUUUUAAAUUCAUUUUUCUCCGUCAAAAUAUUGCCGCAAGAGAUAGUCUCAUUUCCUUAUUUGACUUAGUUGGGUUGGGGAACAUGUAAAAUUCUUCUUGUCAGAAACUACAGAAGACUGAUGAGGUAUGACUUUCUACCAAGAUUAUACAAAUGUAUUCUUUUCGUAUAUAUAUAUUUUAGAAAUAUACGGAUAUUUGCCUUCAUUUCAAAGCUUUUUAACUUCAUAUCUAUGAUUUGAAAAAAGGUGCUAUUUAUACUUGCAGUAUGAAUGUACUUUUAGGCCGAAUAUACUACUGAGCAUCUGUUCUAACAUUACAAGUAUAAAUUUAGUAUGUAUAUUAAUGUAAUGUUACACUAACAAUGUGCAGUAGUGUAAUUAUUCAGAAUUAGGUAAAUAUGUUCAUGCAUGGCAAUGCAUUUUAAAGUUAAGCAUUAAAUGUUUUGUUUUUAUUGAAGUUUACCUAGUAUCUUCUGUUAAGGUUUUAAUUAUUGUUAAUCAGAAACUGAGUAUUUGUUAUAAUAUGUUACAUCACAGCUAACAUACAUUUAAAUUGUUACAGAAUGCUUCAAAGAAUAUUUUUAAUGUUCUACUGUCAUCGCAUUAUGUUUAAUUACCAAUCAGAAUAUAUUUAGUAUGCAUAUAAUAAAAAUUGAUCUUUUUGAUUGAUUUAUUGUACUAGUAUUAUUCAAUAAGUUACGACUGGACAGAAGCUAAUCUAAACAACCACAGUAUAAUGCAAAUGCUUGUUUAAAUUAUAAACGUGGCUUCUCCUUAAUGGCACGAUUACCCAUGUAUCCAAUUCUUAAUCUUGAUUUGAAUAUGAUUUACAUGCUGUUUUGUUUUUGAUUGCAGCUUCGAAAUUAUGUGAAUAGUAUGACUGCAGAUAAUAAUUAUGUAAAUUAUUAACAUUUACAGUUAAGCCUUGUUCGUUGUUAGCAUAUUGAAAAUUAGAAAUUAAGUAACUGCUGAAUAUAAUGUCAAAUAAAAUGAAUAUCAUUAUUUCGGUUUUAUGAAUACAUUCGCAUGUAUUACAUUUGUGUACAUUUAUACAUGUAUGCUGUAGGAUACACUGCACAUAUGGAUUAAACAGGAAGAACUACUAAUUGUGUAAAAUAAGAUCAGUUAAACAGAUCGGCAAAAGCACGUUUGUUAUUCUACAUUAAUGAUUAAAUGGCUUAUUGAAAAAAAUGUGUACUGUUUAUUGACGAACAUUUUCAAAAAACUACGUCCAAGCAUAUCAAUUAUUUGAGAAUAAAAUGCUUACUUCGGUAUACUUGAUGAGUCAUAGUAUGAUGUACAUGUAAUUACUUCUUUUCUACUAUAGAUUGUAUCUGCGAAUUGAGAAUGAAAUGAACUUUUACAUUGAUUUUGUGUAUGUAUUGCACAUGUAUAAUCAGAAUAUAAUCGUAA